AGAAUGUCUGCGUUUGCCUCUGGCUGUUUUGGGGAUCCAACAAAGGUACUUGAGACCUCAGUCUGGAACCCACUAAAUAAUUGACAAAAUAGCUUCUCAUUAUCUUCACAGCAAUUUGUGACAGUAGUAUUAUCUUUCUCCAUUUUAGAGAUGGGGAAACAGACUCAAGAGAGGGGAAGUGGCUUGUCCAAACGUCACACAGGACUGUUAUGUGGCCUAUCUCUGAACAACCUGCCUGAGCCACCCCAUGCUGGUUUGGUGGGAAUUCACCGAAGUGUGUUUCCUAUUUGUCAGAAGCAUCCACAAAGCACCUCUCAGGUUACGACCCAGCUUUCCCUGAGUGUCUUAGCACUGGGCUGCCAUCCAAGUUCAAAUGCUGGCGAUAGAACUGAUCAGGGCCACCGAAGGCCAGCCUCCCUUCUAAUUAGGAAUAAUCAGCAACGGGUUUAUCCUUCUCAUCCCUCUGAUCCUAUUAUUCCAUUCCAUAACUCAAAGUGUGGCUUCCGGGGGCCCAGAGGCUGCUGCCACAGUGAAUAAGGAUGAGGCUGAGGAGCUAUGUAAUGUGCUUUGCUCCUUUGAGAAGCCCCCACUGUUCAGCCCUUUUAAAAAUUUUCUGCUAAAGAUCAAGCAUCUGCUCCUUCCAAAUCACCAGUUAUCCCUGUCACUCAGGACCACCAGCACCCUACCUGCUGAACCCAAAAUCGCUUAAGCAAGCUUUGGGUUUGAAUCCCUAAAUCCCUUUCUGCCCUUACACCUCAAGCUGGUGUUAGCAUCCUCCUCUCUAAAGAAGGAUGGGGUUUUUUCAACGUUCAUGCCUUUUCCAUAGGGGCCUGGUUUUGCUGUCUCGGGUCUCCUGUUUCCAAGGACAGAGAUCUAUCCCAAGGUCGACAAAUGGGUGCUGUGUUCUGUGCUGGCCUGCAGGGGGCAGGAGUCACCAGGUCUGAAUGGAUGCCCUCUGAGUGAAUGGAGGCUAUACCCAGCCCUUUAAGACCAAUGCAGGGCAGGGGAAGGGGAACCUUUUAGGUCUUGGCACUGUACCAAGGCCUUUGCAUGUAUUAUCUUAUUAAAUCCUCACGAGACUCCUAAUGAAGAAAGGGUUACUAGAGGACCCAUUUUAUAAAUGAAGAAACUGAGGCUGAGAAAGAGUAACACGUCCUCAAGGUCAUGUAGUUGCUAGGCAGCUGGGCAAGAACCCAAGUCUGUCUGACUCCAUGUUUCAAGCUCUUAGCCUCUGUCAGUGGUUCUGAAGUCCAGCUGCAGGUUAGAAUUACCUGGAGUACUCAAUACCACCAAUGUCCAGAGCCCCCCAACACCUAAUAAAUCAGAGUCUCUGGGGAAGCGCCCCAGUGAGUCUCACCUGCAGCUAGCUCUGAGCAUCUCUGCUUUACACUGUGCCACUGUGCUGCCUUUUCAUGUAUCUGCCCCUGUAGUUAGUAUGAAGUGGGUUUCUACCUGGAGCCUAACCCAUCUCCGCUCUAGGGUUCCUGGUGAGCCCUGGCUUUUCAAAAGAGUCUGCAGAUGGUCCGUUUUCUAGCUUUGGUUUACAAGUCUUUCCUGAUCCCCCUGGAAUAAGUCAGCUCCUCUGUCUCACAUUCUCAGAGUCUUUGUGUUUCCCUUUCAUAGCAUUUACCAGGAACGUAAUGAAAUAAGUACGUUCCUAGCUCUUGGAUACCUCUUGCCCACCUGCUAGAAUGUAAGCUCUCUGACAGCAGGGACUGUGUUUAUCUUGUUCCCCACACAUUCCCAGACCGGGGCACAAUGCGUGGCACAUGAACACUGGACAAAUGACACUUUUUUCUUUCAUUUUAAUAAUUACCUGUUAUGUGCCAUGCACUUUCCUGUGUGUACUUUAUCAGCAAGAGAGAAGGAGCCCCAUUUUCCAGGCAAGGGAAACUGAAGCUCUGGAAUGUGAGAAGUCAGAAACCGGCAGAGCCAGGACUCAACUCCAGGCCUGCAGAUGGGAUCCUUGCCAAGCCUCUGAGUUCAUUGCUGUUCCUCAUAUGCUGACCUCUGACCCUUGCCCCCCCGGAGAUGUUCCUUUAUGCUGUUUCCAAGGAACGGCUUUGAAGAAGGCACUUAAGUUGGUUUCUCCACUCUUCCAAUUCGAACUCCCAGUGUCUUCACCCCCUUUCCUGCCCUUUAGGCGUCAACAAAUCCCCAGGCUCCUCCCUCUGUCCUGGGGGGGUGCCCCUCCUUCUCCACAUCCCACUCCGGAGGUUUGGUCCAAACAAAGCUGCUGAAUAACUCCCCUGAUUACACCAUUCCCAUGUCGUCAGCUGUAGCACUGUCAUCAGGAGCUAUCCAGGGACCUCCUUCCCCAGCUCCCUGGGAGCGAGCCUGUGGUACCUUCUGGGCAGCACUUCCACCCAUCUCCCCUAAUGGGCAUUCUGAUCAGCCACCCAAAACUGGACAAAAAGUCCCUAGGAGAGCCUCUCUGGACUGAAAACUCAGAGGCAGGAUGCAUGUAAGUGUUGUUGCAUCAGGAGCUGGCAGGAGUUCAGCUUCUGGACCUAUCUCUGGUGCCCCCUGCUGGGAAAAGCUGGGUGCAGGGAAAUGGGUGCCUCCUCUCUUGGAUCAUCUGGCUGGAGCCCUGGGUUUCCAAUGUGACAUCUGAAGCUGGAGGUGAGUUCCCGUCAAAGCUGGAACCUGGAAGGAUGAGGAAGAGCCAGUCGUGGGACCUUGAAGACCACUUUGCAAAAGGCAGCCUCUCUGCUUGACACCCCAAAGAAGCUGGUGAAAGAUCCUCGGUGAGGAUCAGGCAGAGGAGUAGGAGAACGUUCAUAGCCCUCACUCACGCCCUCUGUGCCAGCACUGCCUUCAUCAUGCCCCCCUCAGGGCCAACUUUUGGUUUCCCUUGGGUUGGAGAGACCACACACACAGCAAAGGGAGCAGAAGGAGCUUCUCACUGCUGUUGGUUCAGCUGUACUUCCAGUCCCCUGACCCUCAUCUCAUUUCAAUGACGAGGCAAGUGUGAAAAAUGGAGCGUGAUGGAGACGUCACAAAAUCUCCCAGGCCCUCAACUGGAGCUGCCUGCUCUGCAUCGAGCUGCGAUUGCCAGGGGGUAGUUAGGAUGCGUGUUUGUCCCUGGGUGCCUGUGAAUACGUGUGUGUGCGCGCACACACAAGGCUGGUUGCUGAGUGGCAGCCUGGCUUUGGGGACCCAAACUAGCCUGAUUCUCCUUCUGGGUCUGCUGGCCUAAUUCCCAGCUGCAGCUGCCAUUCUGGGCCCCCUGCCCCGAGACAAUCUCCCCACAGAUUUGGCAGCCGGGAGAGGAGGGGCCGAGGGAAGGGGAAUGAACCGGAGAAAGGACUGAACGCUAAUCUGAUGGAGAUGAUCCGGCAGCCUUCCCCAGCUCAGCUGCCCUCUGCCAUUAGCUCUCUGGGCGAUUUUCUCUGUGCCCUGCACGCUCCCCUCCUGCCUUUAUCUCCUUAAGAAAGUGCCCAGAAAGUUAAACCCACACACACAAUUCACCAAAAAAGAAAGAAAAAAAAAAAAAAACACAGCAGGAGCGGGCAGACGAGUGAGAGAGCACGCGCGCAAGAGAGAGGGCUCAGAUCCGUCCUGGAGGAAGAGCGGCGCAGGCGGAGGGAGGCUGGGGUUGGCGGUGACCGGGACUACGGUCUCUUAGCCCCCAGGAGCCUCCUUCAUGGACCCAGGGAUCCUGAGAGGGGCUGCCUCAGCUUAGGAUGGGCAACUGUGUCAAGUCUCCACUGAGAAAUCUCUCAAGGAAGAUGCGCCAGGAGGAGAAGACCAGCUACAGGGUGGUGCAGACGAGCGAGGAGGGGCUGGCGGCCAGUGGUGAGCUCCCGGGACCGCUCCUGAUGCUGGCCCAGAACUGCGCCGUCAUGCACAACCUGCUGGGCCCUGCCUGCAUUUUCCUGCGCAAGGGCUUCGCUGAGAACAGACAGCCUGACAGAUCACUGCGGCCAGAGGAGAUUGAAGAGCUCCGAGAGGCCUUCAGGGAAUUUGACAAAGACAAGGAUGGUUACAUCAACUGCCGGGACCUGGGCAACUGCAUGCGUACCAUGGGCUACAUGCCCACCGAGAUGGAGCUCAUCGAGCUGUCCCAGCAGAUCAACAUGAACCUGGGUGGCCAUGUGGAUUUUGAUGACUUUGUGGAGCUAAUGGGACCUAAACUCCUGGCGGAGACGGCAGAUAUGAUUGGAGUGAAAGAAUUGCGCGAUGCUUUCCGAGAGUUUGACACCAAUGGUGAUGGGGAGAUAAGCACCAGUGAGUUGCGAGAGGCCAUGAGGAAACUCCUGGGUCAUCAGGUGGGACACCGAGACAUAGAGGAAAUUAUCCGAGAUGUGGAUCUCAAUGGGGAUGGACGAGUGGACUUUGAAGAGUUUGUCCGGAUGAUGUCCCGCUGAGGCCGUGAUGGCCCCUCCAGGACUGCCAAGCUCCCACAGGUGGGAGAAGAGGAGCCAGAGCUCGCCUCACCCCGCCAUCGCUGCCGAGAGCCCAGGAUGCACUGGCGGAUGGGGCCUGCCUGCACCCCGGGGAGGUGCCCACCCCGGACCCCCACCCCUCCGCACUGUGAAAGACUCACAGCUCCUGCAACUGGAAAGAGGGGUGCCUGCCGACAAGGAGGCCACAGUGCCAAGCCCGCAGAGGUCAUGCAAGGCGCCAAGUGCCAUGUACCCAGCCGCUGCUGGCUGGGUGGGCCAGGGAGCCCGCCAGCAGAUCCCACACAGCAUGUCUGCCCUGGGGCAAAGCCUCUUGCUGCCCUCCUUAGCUCUGUGCCCAUCCCAGCUCGCCUCAGCCCUGUUAUCUCAGAACCAAUAAAAA